GUACACAAUGUAUCCCUCUGUGAAGCAGAAACAAGAAGAGACCGGAGAGCACAUGAAGAACAGUCCUGUCCCAAGAAGAACCCUGAAGAUGAUCCAGCCUUCCACAGCGGGACCCCUUGUGGGAAGAGAAAAAGAGCUGGUUAAAGGCUUGUCCAGAAGGAAACAUUGGAAUGACCAGUUAACAUCUAAAGAUAGUGAAAAUAAAGAUCUUGGAGGAGUUACCCAAGAAGCAUUUGAUCUUAUGGUUACAGAAAACCCGUCCUCUCAAUAUUGGAAAGAAGUGGCAGAAAAACGGAGAAAGGCUCUCUAUGAAGCCCUGAAGGAAAACGAGAAACUUCAUAAAGAAAUUGAGCAGAAGGACAGUGAAAUCGCCCGCCUGCGAAAGGAGAAUCAAGAACUGGCUGAAGUGGCAGAGCAUGUGCAGUACAUGGCAGAGGUCCUACAGAGACUGGAAGGAGAAUCUCUGGAAAAUUUGGACUCACCAGAUAGUCAGGAGUUUGACUCUGAAGAGGAGGCUGGGGAGGAUUCUGAAGACCCCGACGCUGGCGCCUGUGCUGAAGAAGCUGAGCCUCCCUCCAUGGAGGCGGGGCCCUGCGCGUGAGCUUUUGCGAGUGGG